ACGGCCCGCCCGGCGCUUCCCGCCCCACCCCGCGCCCCGCCCUAAGAUGGCGCCCGGCGCUGAGGCGAGUUCCGGUGCCAGCAUGGCCGCGACGCGGCUGGAACUGAACUUGAUGCGGCUCCUGAGCCGGUGCGAGGCGCUGGCGGCGGAGCGGCGGGACCCCGAGGAGUGGCGGCUGGAGAAGUAUGUGGCUGCUCUGGAGGACAUGCUCCGGGAGCUGAAGAAGCAGGCCAGCAAGCCAGCCCCUGAACUGCUGAACGAAUACACUCGUAAAGUGGACUUCCUGAAGGGACUCCUAGAAGCUGAAAAAUUGUCUUCAUCGACAGAAAAGGCUCUGGCAAACCAGCUGCUGGCUCCUGGGCGCACCCCGACGACGGCCAAGGAGAGAAUCCCGGCCACCAAAACCGUCCACCUGCAGACCAAGGCGCGCUGCACGGGCCAGAUGAGGAGCGAGCUGCUUGGCACAGACCCCCUGGCUGCUGAUGAUUCUGAGGAGUUGAACAUAAGGAAGAGAAAAGGCUUUACAUCAGAUGAGAAGCAGUCAGCAGUGGAGCUGGAUGCUGUGCUUCAGCACCACCAGGACAUGCAGGAGAAGCUGGCUGAGGAAAUGCUCAGCUUGGCUCGCAGCCUCAAGAACAACACUCUGGCUGCCCAGAACGUGAUCAAACAGGACAACCAGACACUGACACACUCCCUCAGGAUGGCAGACCAGAACUUUGAGAAGCUCAAGGACGAGUCUGACCGCCUGGAACAGCACGCCAAGAAAUCUGUCAACUGGCUGCUGUGGAUAAUGCUCAUUGUCGUUUGUUUUAUAUUCAUCAGCAUGAUUCUCUUCAUCAGGAUUUUCCCCAAACUGAAAUGAUUCUGUUUCAUUGUAUUUAAAGCUGCCUGCAGUGCAGUGGGAAAGCUCAGCUGGUGUGAGAACUGUCACAGUCAGAGUCCUUAAAGAGGACAUAGAUAGGCCUGUCCAAGGCCUGCCUUGGAUGUCCUCCCCGUGCAGGCAGUGGAAGGUUUCCUGGGGAAGGCUUUCCACACUUGGAUCCUUGUUUACUUGGUGGCUGUUGUUGCCUCUUGAGGGGAGAGCUGAGGUAACAAUGAGAAUUUACACUGAACUGCUAACAAGUUCUUUAGUGGAUAAAUGCAAUCGUUUUUAAUGUGGUUGUGACAAAUGUUAUGACUCCUAAAAGGUGUUUAGUCAAUACAAAUUUAAAUAACAAUUGAAGUCUUAACUUUUUCCUGUCUUUACAGCUUUUCUGUAUUGACCUAGGAGCUUGCUGCCAACAGGAUAUUUAAUUUCAGUUCUGUACACACACAGCUGCAGGUGUAGGAAGAGAAUUCUGCUGUUCAGGUGCUUGCCUGGCUCAGAUUCAGAGUAUCAACAGGUAAAAGUCUUCUCAGGCUCACCUUUUGCCCAGAUGAGUAUUUGGGACUUUGGACUUUACCAUCUUCUCCAGUUGAGACUUAAUACAGGAGUUCUGUGCAGUGUUUACUUCCCUUUUGUGCGUGCAAAUGUUCUCACCUCUCAUUGUUGUGCUGAUGCUGUUGCAUGAAGGAAACACAGUGACCCUGCCACCUUGGAAUUGUACACACAGGUGGCACAGACCUCACCUGUGCAAACAUGCUUGGGCUGGAAGAUGAUGGCAAAGGAAGGUAGUGUCUUCAAGAUGGAAAUAAUUUAAAAAAAAAUAUUCAGCCUUUCUUUUCUGAGCAAAUUAUUUCUG